UUUUAUGUCAAUUAUGACAUUUCGCAAGACGGAAUUUAAUUUCGAUUUUGGCCACACGAUCCUUGUCGAUAUACCUAUUUAUCUAGAUUCUAAAAUCCACUUUACCAAUUACCAUUAGGUAUCUACGGAGUCGACCAUCGAAGAAAAUAAUAAAGAAAACCUUGAUUCUGUAGUCUGCAUAACACUCUUUGGAAUAACGUAUUGUAGACACAAAGUACAAGUUUCGGAUUUAUAAGUAUUCGUGAAUCUAAGCAAUAAAAUCAGGAUCGUAAGAUUUUAAGAGUAUUAAAUAAAAUUCUAUACAUAUACGUUUGUGAAUUACAAUGAAACAGCACAGUGAAGAAGACUUUAAAGCAUGUUUAAAAUUAAUUAAUGUUGUAUGAACGAGAAACAAUCGAAAUAUGUACUGAAGUUGUAGUAAUGAAUUGGUUUUAUCUAAUUUUAAUUAAGUAGAGUAAAAACAAACUAUAUCAAUUUAAUACAAUGGCAGAAAAUCCACUUGAAGAACAGGCUAAAGACAUGGUAAAACCUAAUGUGUAUACAACUAAUCUGAGAGGCAGACCUACUCUAGAAAAGUCAAUUGUAUUUAGUCCUCAACCAAAAUCAAUGGUGGCGCAAUUAUUGAGCAAAAAGAAAGUGGUACCUUGCGAUACUACAAUAUCUAUUGUUUCAAAUGAAACUUCAAAUGAGGUACCAUCAGUUUGUGACGAAAGUAAGCAACAUGAGAUUUAUGCAUGUGGAGAAUGUUCAUACAGGAGUGAAAACAUACAGGACUACAGAAAACAUUUAACAAGUCACAAGCAAUUUAAUUGUGACUUUGAUGGCUGUAAUUAUACAUGUAAAUUAUUAUCAAACCUUAUAAAGCACAGGAGAGUACAUACUGAUGAAAGACCCUAUCUCUGCGACAGAUGUUCUUUUAGGACAAAUUUUAUAAACUCUCUUAAAGCCCACAGAAGGACCCAUACCAUGGAGAGACCAUACCAUUGUAAACAGUGUGAUUAUAAAUGCAAUAGUAGUUCUAACUUAAAGAAGCACUGCCUACAAAAACAUCCAGAGAUCUUCAUUAAAUGCAAAUGAUAAUAGAUACCUAGUACCUACAUCAUAAAUAUAAUAUAUAAUAUUCCUAAUAAUAUACUAUUUUUGUAUUGCCAAAAAUAUAGGAGCUUAUGAAUUAUUAACUUCCAUGCCAAAUAAUAAAAGAAAAUUGUCCAAAGCA